UUGAAUUCUUCCCCUGACUCGAACUGGAAGUACAUUUUUUAAUAAAAAUAAAUAAAAAAUGAUUCUAUCGGCGGUAUUUUUGUUUCUGAUUCCGGUUUCCCUGGCAGUCGAACAGGAACCCAUGCUGACACCCCCACUGAAAACUGAAGCUGCAAAUACUACGAAUCUUCCAGAUCGAUGUCCAUCAACAACAGAUACAUUUAAAUUCCACCAAGAAAUCCAUCUUCCAGGCUUGGAACCUUUUCAAGCUAUUUGCUUCUCAAAUAAGGAUAUAGGAUCUGGAUGGAUGGAGGUUUAUUUUAAAAUCGGAAUGUUUUUUGGCCCAACGGAAUUUCAUCGUACAUUUGAUAAUUACAUAAAUGGAUUCAAUACUUUGGAGGGCGGACAUUUCAUUGGGCUUGAAAAAUUGCAUAUUUUAACGAGCCGGAAGCCGCAUGAGGCGCUAGUGUUUAAUUACAAAGACACACGCUAUAAAGUAAAAUGCGAUAACUUCGUUAUGGGGGACAGGAGCGAAGGUUACAGCCUGAAACAGCUUGAUGGAUGUGUUGGAGAUACUCGGGUCUUGAACCUCAUUCAGGGCACAAAGUUCUCGACAUUCGAUCACGAUCGAGAUGGAAAUCCGGAUCACAACUGGGCAGAAGAAACGGACCAUGGAUUCUGGUUUAGUUCUGGAGAGCCAGUUUUGGGGAAAUAUUUAUUGUUGUAUUUCCUAAUCCGAAGAAAAGAUUGAAGGGAGCCACUCCUUCGGAAGUAGUCUCUGGAAAUGAAGAAAUGAAUUGUAUGAUUUUACUAUGAAAAGAAAUUAUAAAUUAAUCAUGAUUGCAUAUUUUAACUCAAAAUAAAAGAG